AAAGACUGUUUAUAACCGUUUGAUCGCCGGAAUCCAAUAUCCACAACCAGGAUAAGCAAUCUCAACCAAGGUUACUUUCGUCUCCGGUUUCGAACAGUAAGCUCUUUAUUCUCUCCCUCUAAUGGCGGUUUUCCUAACCACAGCUAUAUUAUCACGUUCACUCCGCUUUGCUAUUAACAAACCCUAUCAUUUCACAUCCCCAAUCCCCCCCUCUAUUUUCACUAAUUCUCCCUCAAAGGUUUCCGUGUUACGACGUCGUUUUGUAUCAUCGUCAAUGGCUUCUGAUAAUGAAUCGCCGGCGAAGAAUCCGGGGCUCCGAAGUGAUCCGCCGGAUGAAGAAACCAAAGGAUAUUUUAUGCAACAAACGAUGUAUCGGAUUAAAGAUCCGAAAGUGAGUUUGAAAUUCUAUUCGGAUGUGCUCGGAAUGUCAUUGCUUAAGAGACUGGAUUUCCCUGAUAUGAAAUUUAGCUUGUACUUUAUGGGAUAUGAGGAUACUUCAUCGGCUCCUAAAGAUCCAGUUGAGCGUACUGAAUGGACAUUUGGAAGAAAGGCCACCGUUGAGCUUACACACAACUGGGGUACCGAGGAUGAUCCCAAGUUCGAAGCGUAUCAUAACGGGAACUCAGACCCUCGAGGAUUUGGACAUAUUGGUAUAACAGUUGAUGAUACGUACAAGGCAUGUAAAAGAUUUGAAAGUCUAAACGUUCCAUUUGUCAAAAAGCCUGAUGAAGGAAAAAUGAAAGGGAUUGCAUUCAUAAAAGAUCCGGAUGGCUACUGGAUCGAGAUAUUCGACACUAAAAACAUUACUGAGGUAGCCCAGGCUGCUGGUCCAAAACCAGAGUAAAGGAUAUGUUUAUGGUAUGUGGAUGUCAACCUCUUGGUAGCAAGUGUCUUUUGUGUUCCAGUGUUCUAUUAAAGUGUGUUGCUGCAUCCAUAUAGAAGUUAAAAGGAAACAAGAUGAAGGUACAAGAGUUGUAACAUCGUGUAUGAGUAUUGUUGGUAUUGAAUCUUGUGGAUGACAUAGAGGUUGCAAAGUGGACGAGUUGAUAAUAAUAAGUUAAACCGAGUCGCAUCGAGUCAUUUUAGCGUUUGAUAUGUUGAUUUUAUGUGGUUUAGGUUCGAGAUUUAUACUUGAUAUAAUAAAUAUGAUUACAUCAUCA